AUGGGCAUAUCUGGAGUUUGGGAGGUUUAUCAUCGGACCUUGUACCUGAAUAAUGAAAACCUCCUUGGGCAUCUAACAAGUUCUAGCAGCUCUCUGGACCCAUGGAGGAGUAGCAUGUGGGACUAUGUUCGCGGAAUCCAGGAGCAGAAAGCUUAUAAAACACUUCUCUUUGGGGAUAUUAUCCUCAGGACACUUGUUGUCUCUGAUGGGUACAAUCUCAUGCACAAAGUCCUUCCGGUUUCUCUGCUGUUCGGUGAGUCCUGUGACUUUUCCUCUCAUGGCCCGGGGCCUGCUGUGGCUUUUGCGCAGACCCCGCAAGGGCCCCGCGCCUCCCCUUCUGCUCGCUCUGCCAGCCCGGACGCGCUUUCCCCGCGCCCCAAGACCAGCCCGGACGCGCCACAGCCCGCGCGCGCUUGGACCUUCGAUGGCCCGGGAAGACCGCAGCUGCUCGCGACCUGUUCCACGUCCGGGGGUGCGGCGGCUGACUGCAUCCACCUGAGCUCUCCCCCGCCCCUCCGCCCUCCCUCACCCGAGCCGGGGGACCGCGGGGGCGCGCCGCCCGGAUGCUGCAACCCGCCGGCCUCUCCGCGAGGGAGCGCCGGAGACUCGGGGCGCGAACUUGCCCUCGAAGCGCGCGCCGAGCCGGAAGGGGGCUCUGGACUUGGACUUGGAUCCCUCCCCCUUUCUGCCUGGGUCUCCCCGGCCACGGGCGCUCAGACCCAGCUCCUGCUCCUCUUCCCAGGGCAUAGCCCCGCCAUCAGUGCGCUGAUGUUCUCGGCCGGGGUGCUGGGGAACCUCAUCGCGCUGGCGCUGCUGGCGCGCCGUUGGCGGGGCGACUCUAGGCGCAGCGGGGGCUGCGGCAGGUCCAACUCUUUGUUCCACGUGCUGGUGACAGAGCUGGUGUUCACCGACCUGCUGGGGACGUGCCUCAUCAGCCCCGUGGUGCUGGUGUCCUAUGCGCAAAAGAAGACGCUCCUGGCGCUAGGCGCGUGCAAGUACUUCGCCUUCGCCAUGACCUUCUUCAGCCUGGCCACGAUGCUCAUGCUCUUCGCCAUGGCCCUGGAACGUUACCUUUCCAUCGGGCACCCCUAUUUCUACCAGAGCCACGUCACGUGCCGCGCGGGCCUGCUGGUGCUACCGGCCAUCUAUGCCGCGUCCUUGCUCUUCUGCUCGGUGCCGCUGCUGGGUCCCGGGGAGUAUGGGCCGUACUGCCCUGGGACGUGGUGCUUCAUCCGACCGGAGAGCUGGUACCUGAAGCUGUACUCCUCGCUGCUGCUCAUCCUCUUCGUCGCCGUGCUGCUUUGCAAUUGCAGCGUCACCCUCCAGCUGGUCCGCAUGCACCGUCGGAGCCGGAGAACCCGCCGCGGGCCUUCGAUGGGUAGCAGCCGUGGCGGCCCCGGGUCCCGCAGGAGAGCGGAGAAGCUGUCCAUGGCGGAGGAGAUAGACCACCUUAUUCUUCUGGUUCUCAUGUCCCUCACCUUCGCUGUGUGCUCCCUGCCUUUAAUAGUAUUUGUAUUUAUGGAUACAUUCAAGCACAGCGAUAAACAGUGGGAUCUUCUCAGUCUUCGAUUUUUAUCACUCAACUCAAUAAUUGACCCUUGGGUCUUUGCAAUCCUUAGACCUCCUGUGCUGAGACUAAUACGGUCAGUCCUCUGUUGUCGGGUUUCGUUAAGAACACAAGAUGCAACAGAAACUUCCUCUUCAACACAGUCAAAUGCCAGUAAAUUGACUGACCUCUGUGUACAGUAGUUAAGAAGUGCUUAGUUAGCCUGCAUCUGGAAGAUAUUUUUGAAAUGACUUCUUGGAGAAAUGAAAAAAACUUAUAAACAAAAUGAAGCUACCCUAAUGAAUCAGAGUCACCAACAUUUCAGCCAUGGUUUGAGCUAUAGAUGAGCUGAUAAGGCACUUGGAAGGUGCCCAAAGGAUUGGCA